GGCCGGUUUCAACCUCGUUCCGGCGCUCGUAAUCCGAGUCCUUGCGUUGACGGGCCGGGAAGCGCGUCGGGCCGCUUUCCCCCGCUCAGCUCCGAUGGAAUGCAAAGCCAAACGCGGACCUUUGUGGGGAGGGAGGGGGCAAAGGGAAGAAAGGGAGCGGGGAUGUCCAAAGCAUGCGGAGGGAGAGGGAGAGGCGCUCGCUCGGGGCCUGCCUGCCGCAGACGUCGGGAAGCCAUGCAGACGGGAGCGUCCGCAUUGCCCCCCCCCACCCCCACCCCCUCGUCGAUUUGUAUAUGAAAACAUAGUGCUUUUUCUUUCUCCCCCUACACAAGCCCCCACCCCUCGACGCUCCCCCUUUCCGCUUCUCGUUGAGUGAUCAGCUGAUGAAGAGACUAGCAGCUCGCUGCUAUGCGGGCUUGCUAAUUCUCUCCCCCGCCGCCGCCGCCGUUGCCGCCGCCGCCGCCACCGCGCUGGAUCCCGCAGACCGCGCUCAGCCGGAAGCCGGCGGGAAGAUGGAGGCUCUGGACCGCGGCGACCCGAGGAAGCGCAAACACGACGAAGGACGCGACAAGGAGCCGCCUCUGCCGGCGGCGGCGGCGGCGCACGACGGCAGAGGCGAAAAAGUCAAACGGAAACGAGGGCGACCGCCCGCCGAGAAGCUGCCCCCGAAUCCGCCCGAGCUCACUCGGCAACUGAGCGCGCUGGUGGACAUGGUGGUCAACUACAAGGACAGUUUGGGGCGACAGAUCAGCAAAGGUUUUGUCCAGCUGCCAUCCAGGAAGGAAGCCCCCGAGUACUACGAGCUCAUCCGAAAGCCCGUGGACUUCCGACGGAUCAGAGAGAGAGUGCGAAAUCACAAGUACAGAAAUGUGGGGGACUUGGAGAAAGACAUUUUCCUGCUCUGUCACAACGCUCAGACGUACAACCUGGAAGGAUCUCAGAUCUACGAGGACUCGAUCGUCAUCAAGUCCGUCUUUGAGAGCGCCCGGCUGAGAAUCGCGGCCAACCAGGAGCCCGAGCGGACGCUCGUCGCCGUCGCCCCCGCCGCCGCCCGCAGUGACGACGGCGGGGCCGCCGAACACCCGGAAGGAGCGCUCGAGAACGAGGAGAGGAGUCGCAAUCUGAGGGCCCAAAGCCUGCCGCCUUCGCACCGAGUCCACGAUGUGGAGGAAAACUCCGCCAAGGAUGACGGUUGAACUGUUGUUGCGCCGAGGUCUUGAAGUCGAGGUGUAUGUUCGUCAUUGUUAUUCCCAGGCCAAAAAAAAAAAGAGACUAUUUGAAGGCUUUCCCAUACUUGGAAACUCCCCAUCUUUCAUGUGCGGGCCGAGCAAAAACACGCGACUGAAACUAUGGAAAGAAUUCAGCCGCGAAGACCGCUUCACACGGCAACGUGUCAAGAAGCCGCGCCCAGAAGGACGGCGACUCUCCCAGUUUGCUGUGCAGUCGCCGUUUCAAGGGGUCUUUGGAAGAUCGGAG